GUGAAACUAUCUGAAAGCAGCUCAAAGAGAGUGAAAGCUUUUUUGAAGCUCGGUCAGUCACUCACACAGACAGUCGGUUCUUUUUUCUGACUUUUCGAGGUUCAGAUCCGAAGAAGAAAGUCAAAUUCGGAACAAAAACCACAGAAUGGGCGGUAAAAGUGGUGAAUUAGCUUGUUCUUGUUCGAGUUUAUGGUUGGCUCCUAAUCCGAGCAAGAGAUGGGGGGAGUUGUUCUUCCUUGGUUACACUCCUUUCUGGCUCACUCUCUGCUUGGGAAUCAUUGUGCCUUACAGGCUCUACGAGAGCUUCACGGAAUUGGAGUAUUUGCUUCUGGGAUUGGUUUCAGCAGUUCCUUCUUUUCUGAUACCAAUGUUGGUCGUUGGGAAGGCAGAUAGCAGCAUUCGUUGGAAGGAACGCUAUUGGGUCAAGGCUAGUGUCUGGAUAAUUAUCUUUAGCUAUGUUGGAAAUUACUUUUGGACUCACUAUUUCUUCACGGUUUUGGGAGCUUCUUAUACCUUUCCAUCAUGGAAAAUGAACAAUGUACCACAUACUACUUUCCUUCUCACGCAUGCAUGCUUCCUAUUUUAUCAUGUUAUGUCAAACAUGACACUUCGAAGACUACGCCAUUCUAUUGCUGACUUACCUGAAAAUGUUCAGUGGGCUUUUGAGGCUGCAUGGAUUUUGGCUCUGGCCUAUUUCAUAGCCUGGCUGGAGACUAUAGCUAUUUCUAAUUUUCCUUACUAUCAAUUUGUGGACCGGGCAUCUAUGUACAAAGUUGGAUCCUUAUUUUAUGCCAUCUACUUCCUUGUGAGCUUCCCUAUGUUUAUAAGAAUUGACGAGAAACCUGGCGAUCCAUGGGACUUGCCUAGAGUUGCUAUUGAUGCACUUGGCGCUGCAAUGCUGGUCACAAUAAUACUCGAUCUAUGGCGCAUUUUUUUGGGACCUAUUGUCCCAAUUCCCGAAACAAAACAGUGCCUUCAACCAGGACUUCCUUGGUUCCCAGGACAUGCGAACGAAACUUGACAACCAUUUGGAGCUGGUUAAAGUUUCUGGCUACGGAAGAAACCAAGCUCUGAAAUUUCUUGCAGUUGAUGUGGCAAUGGCUGCUGUACGAUAUUAGAUACUUGUUGUAGUUUGAUAGAAUUGCACGAGCAAAGGGUUAUACAUUCUGUAAGUUAUAAUAUUAACACUUCAUCCUAUGUUAUUUCGUGAUUGAUACGGCCAAUGUUGCUUUCUUCAGCUGUUUGAAAAACCUCCACUGGAGCUUUUCCAGUACCCACUCA